AAUCUCACACCAAAUUCUCAUUCGAAAUUGGGAAUUCAUAGCUUCAAAGCAUAGAUUUGCAGCUCAAUCCGAAUCCAAUGGCCGCUAUUGCCGAGGAACCAGUUGUCCACGUCGAGAUUGUGGCGGAGCAGCCUGCCGCCGCCGCUGAGGAGGUUGCUAAGGAGGAAAAUCCGCCUCCGAAAUCCAGCAAGGCGAGGAAGGCAGCCGCUCCAAAGGAGAAGAAGGUGCCGGCGCCGAGGAAGCGCUCCGCUCCUACUCACCCUCCCUACUUCGAGAUGGUUCAGGAGGCGAUCGUGACGCUGAAGGAGAGGACUGGAUCGAGCCAGUACGCGAUCCAGAAGUUCAUCGAGGAUAAGCAGAAGACUCUGCCGUCGAAUUUCAGGAAGAUGCUGCUGGUUCAGCUGAGGAAAUUCGCGGCGAAUGAUAAGCUCGUGAAGGUGAAGAGCUCGUACAAGCUGCCGCCGGCUCGUGCCCCCAAACCCGCCGCCGCGCCUGCGAAGAAGGCCGCUCCUGCGAAGCCUAAGGCGGCGGCGAAGCCUGCGAAGAAGGCUGUUGCGGUGAAAGCCAAGCCGAAGGCAAAAGCCGCUCCUGCCAAAACGAAGACUGUAGCGAAGCCAGCGGCGAAGGCCAAACCGGCUGCGAAAGCGAAGACUGUUGCGAAGCCGAAAGCUGCAGCUCCUGCCAAGGCGAAGGCGGCGCCGAAGAGGAAGGCGCCGGAGAAGCCUAAGGCGGAGAAGAAGCCGGCGGCGAAAGCGGCGAGGACUUCCACCAGGUCGACCCCGAGGAAGGCGGUGGCUGCGGCUGCGAAGAAAGCUCCGGCGGCGAAGAAGGCGACUCCGGUGAAGAAGGCUCCGGCGAAGAGCGUGAAGGCUAAGACGGUGAAAUCUCCGGCGAAGAAGACUGCGGCGAGGAAGGGGAAGAAGUAGUUUUAAUGGAAAAAAGAUGUUUGUUUGUAGGGAUAGUAUUGUAAAUUUACGCUGGUCUCUUUCUAUGCUUAUAGAGAGUGUAGUUGUCUUUUCUCACUCCUCAAGAGUAUGAUAGAACGAUUCUUUUUCUUUAA